ACCAAAUAAAGUAUUAGAAGCUGCCAAAUGGAUUGUAAAUAAUGGUAAUCUUUAUAAAGAUGAAGGUAUAACUUUCAAUGACACUUGGCUUGAAGAUAAUUCAAAUACUCAAAUGGUAUUUGAUGAUAGUGACAAUGAUCAAACUUCAGAGGGUUCAGAAAAUGUUCUGGACUGUAAUGCAGAAAGCUUGAAUUGUGAUACAGAAUGUAAAACCCAGCAAUCAUCUGCAUGUGAUGAUGAUGAUGAACACUGGAGUGAAGGCGAGGCAGAAAUACCUGCUGGAAUCACUGACACUAUGUUAACAUCUCCAGAUUUUGUCACUGAUAAUGAACGUCAGCAUAUUUUAAAUGUUGCACCUGGUGAGGGCAAUAGGCCUAUGAGUAUAUUUAGAGAUAAAUACUCAGAGGAAUUAGCAUAUCCGGGUAUAUUUCUAGGACAGACGCAACCAGACAAUACAAAUAGACUAACCAAAGUCCAUUAUGGUGAAAUUUGUAAAUCUGAAUUAAGGAGGUCUGACCGAAGGGCUGCAAUGUGUGUGGAAAAUAUUUUCUUUAAAACAAAGAAAUUGCAAAUGAAGAUUUUGUUUGGGCAAUUACAAGUUGCACUGAGAAAAUGUCAACGAAAUAGUGACACAAUCACUGCCGGUCAACUAAAACAACCGGGUGUAUUAGAUAACAUGAUUCAUCAUGAUCAAGGAUUUAAAUUUCUUAGAGUUGUAAGGGGUUCACCUCCAUAUUUUAAAAAAGCUAAAAAGGAUAUAUUUGCAAUGAUCAGGUAAUUAGGAUCUGCUUCAUUAUUUUGUAGUUUUUCUUCAGCGGAAACACAAUGGACUCAUUUAAUGAGAAUACUUGGUAAACUUAUUGAUAAUAAAACAUACACAGACGCUGAACUUGAAAACCUCAAUUGGGAAGAGAAAAGUAGGUUAAUUCAAAGCGAUCCUGUGACAUGUGCCAGGCAUUUUGAAGAAGAUCAAUACCACAUAUACAUUAUGUUGGUUUGAGCAGGGUAACAGCAACUAAAGGUUUAUUUAUCACUGACCUAUGUGAAGAUAAAAUAGCUGUCAAUCCUUGUGUAGCAGCUGAAAUGGAACAUUUGAGAAAUAAACGUGUACUAAAACUAAGUGUCACUUCUAUUUAUAAGAUACAUUUCUGAACGUAUAGUUAAGGACUAUAUAGUGACUAAAAAGAUCAAAGGUCGGAACUCGCCUCCAUGGAUAGAUGGUGACAUUAUCCACGCAAUACGGAAAGCUGAGGUCAUCUCCAACUGA